GAGAGGAAGGGUGGAGCUGUUCAGAGAAUUUCGCCUCGGCAGUUGACCAGAAACAAGUAGAAUGAGAGUAGAGCCGGUCUGCAUGUUGAAAUGUCCAUCUACAUCUUUGUCAUUAUUCUGUUGGUAGUUCAGACGGUGAACGGAGAUCAACCUGAUGUGGAGAUGUAUUCAGAAAGUUUCAAUCAAGAUGCAGAGAUGAUUUUGCUGUGCAGAGCCAAAAGCUUCAACACAUCAGGAAUCGAGCUGAAUAUCAAGAAGAAUCACUGUGAUCUUCUGACUAAAGAGGACGGAGUGAAGCCUUCAGGAGUUUAUCAAGAAGACAACACCUACUGGAGAGAAGACUUCGUCAUCGUUUCAGAGUCUGAAAUGUCUAAUUACAGCUGUGAAGUCAUUCAUGCUGAAUCCCGUUUUCAUGUUGAAAAAGUUUGGGAUCCUGACUCUGGUCUAAAAGGACGGAUCAUUUCAUCUCGUCCUCGUGUGUUUGUGUCGGUGGACAACAAAGUGCAGGCGAACAUCACACUGACGUGUCUGGCUGAAGGUUUCUACCCAAGAAACAUCAUUCUGAACAUCAAGAGGAACGGGAAUAUUCUAACCAGAGAGGACGGAGUGGAGACCUCGUUGGACGUUUGUCCACGUGAAGACAACACCUUCCAGAGAAGAGACCACAUCAUCAUUUCAAAGUCUGACAGGUCUAACUACAGCUGUGAGGUCAUUCAUGCUGCAUCUGAUUCACACGAGGAAAAGGUUUGGGAUCAUCAUCUUCCUCCUGAUGGCUUUAAAGACAAAGAUGGAGACAGUUGGCACAGAUCUGCCAUCAUUGCUGCAGUGAUAGUGGUUCUGGUUGUGGUUCUGUUUCUGGUUGUGGUUCUGGUUCUUUACUUAAGAAGCGUCCCAGGAGACAGAAGAGGCAGAUACUCAGAUGUACCACAGGAUGCUGAAGCUUCUUCACCAGAAUCAAUCAAGACUGGAGAAUCUCAACAAUCUCUGACUGUCAACAUUGACUUUGAAAGUUCUGCUUCUCCUGGUUCUGGUGACUCUGAUAAUGACGACACAUCCAACAAUGUUGAGACUGAGAAACUACGGAAAACAAAUGUCCAGGAUCCAUCAGAACCAUCAAAUCCUUCUACCAGCGAGCAGGAAACUGAAACUACUGUUUGUAGCUUAGAAAAUAUAUGAAUCAGCCACUAAACAUUUGAAGCCUUUUCUAUGCACAGGUCUGAACAAUAUAAAAAUCCUCAGAAUGAUGAGACUAAAAAUCCUGUUUGAGGACAGAAACGAUGAAGACGUGGAUGAAUGUAUUUCAAUGUGCCAACGUUUUAAAGUAGAAGAAAUCAGUUCAAAGUUUUUCACAGAAGCAUUUUAGUGAAUUUAAAUCUAGAGAAGUAUUUUAGAUGCACUAAAAGAAGAAGAAGCUGAGCAGAAAGAGUUCACAGUGGCUUAUUGACCACUUUGUUCUUAAAAUGUGCUUUUACCGUAAGGACUUUCUACUGUAUAUAAACCAUUUAAAGUCUAGUUAAAAACUAAGGACUUCACAGUCAGAAUCAUAAAAGCAGCUACAAUCAGCAUCAAUACGAGAGCAGCAACAAACAAUAUCAGUAUUUAUGGACGUCAGGGUUGAAACCUUGUAUCGCUCCACUCAUUCAGACGCUGCCCAAUGUUCAUAUUCACAUUAUUAACAUUUAUUAAAUGAAUUCACUGCAACUGCUGCCUCAUUAUGAGCUCUAGUUUUAGCCAAAAGGAGCUUCCAUGAUGUGUUCACUGCCAACACUGUCCAGUAGCAGUCUGUGUUGAAGUCGAGUUCCUUCAUCUCAUCAGCUGGAAGAAGUUGUUCAGGCAACUGGUGCUACUUCACAGGGAAAGUUUACAACCUCAACAAACCAGUGUCCUGG